CACAUCCACCUGUUUCAGAGGUAAACUCUGUCUCAUGGAUUACUUGUCCAUGUCUCUUUUUCUGGAACCGGUUGAACGAUAAUCUGAGCUGGUCAGUACAUCCGUGGGAUAACACCAGUGGACCCCUUUAACCACCAUGCCACCCAAGAAAAAGGGAGAGCGUCAGGACUCGGACCUCCACGAGGAAAGAAACGCCCAGGUGCAGCUGGAAAAGGCCAAGUACAAGCCUGUGGCAUUCGCAGUACGUUGCAACUUCUCUUACACGCCAGCAGACGACGACAACGCUCCCGUACCGGGCCAUGCCGUCACCUUCGAGGCCAGAGACUUCCUCCAUGUCAAAGAGAAGUUUAACAACGAGUGGUGGAUCGGCCGGCCGGUGAAGGAGGAUGGUAUGGUGGGCUUCAUCCCCAGUCCAGUCAACCUGGAGACCAUCCUCAUCAGAAGAGAAGUCCAAGCGAGAAAAGCUGCAAAGGCCUUAGCCAACAAAGCAGCGUCUCAAGUUGCUCAAGAUUUGAACUCAAAGAAAUAUACACCUCCAUCACAAGCCAAUCAGCAGGUGAAAAAGAAACCGGGGGAGCAGAUUGCUAUGUAUGAUGUAGUGCCUACAAUGCGUCCUGUGGUUUUAAUGGGGCCGUCACUGAAGGGCUUAGAUGUUACAGAUAUGAUGCAAAAAGCACUAUUUGACUUUUUAAAACAUCGAUUUGAAGGCAGAAUUACUAUUACACGAGUCACCGCAGACAUCUCUCUGGCUAAAAGGUCCAUCCUCAACAACCCGGGAAAAAAGGCCUUAAUGGACCGGUCAAACACCCGCUCUAAUUUAGAUGCUGCUGCUCAGAUCCAGGGGGAGGUGGAGCGUAUCUUUGAGCUCGCCCGCAGCCUGCAGCUGGUGAUUCUAGAUGCAGACACAAUCAACCACCCGCUCCAGGUGGCCAAGACUUCCCUAGCACCGAUCCUUAUCUAUGUCAAGAUCUCCUCACCAAAGGUGUUGACUAGACUGAUCAAGACAAGAGGGAAGUCACAAACGAAGCAUCUCAAUGUUCAGAUGGUGGCAGCAGACAAGCUCGCCCAGUGCCCGUCGGAAAUGUUUGAUGUCAUCUUAGAUGAGAACCAGCUGACUGAUGCCUGUGAGCAUGUUGCUGAUUAUCUGGAGUCUUACUGGAGAGCCACUCAUCCUCCAGAGAUGGAGCCGGGCAACUCUCUGGUGUCCCAGCUGGUCGAGAACACACUGCCCACUAGUCCUUCAGCAGUACCCGAUGGGCACAAAAACAAGAAGUCAGCUGCCGCCAAGAGGAAAGGUUCCCGUGAGAACCAUCUAGACCAGGAGCAACCCUCAGCCCCAGCACAGGAGCAGAAAGCUGAGGAAGGCCAAAGAGAGGAGGAAGAGCGGCUUCUGAGGAAUGAACCAAAGAGACCCCAGCACACCCACCGCCAUCACAACCACCACCACCGCCGGAUAGAGCAUCACAGCCACGGCCAGCACAACCAAACAUCCAGUGGGACUGAAGUACGGUCAAGCAGGGAGUACAGCCAGAGGCCUCCCCGAAGGCACCUGCCCGUGGAGAGGGAGGAGGAAGCGGAGGAUGUGGUGGAGGAGGACAAGGAGGCAACGCGCUAUAAUCACAGAGGCCAUAACCACCACCAUCACAACAGCAACCACCAUCACCACUCACAACAACCACACCGUGGAAACAGCCAGCCACACGUCAGAGAAGAUGAGCAGGAGCACAAUGAACGCAACCGUCAGCACAGGCGUCACCAGGAUAUUUCUCACCGGACACAACACACAGAUCACUAUCCUGCACACAAUCAUCACAACUACCACGGCAAAGACAGAGACAUGGACAGAGACAGAGAUAGAGAUAGAGACAGAGAAAGACACAAGGACAGGGAGAGAGACAGAGAUAGGGAUGGUGGUAGAGAUAGAGACAGAGAGGCACGGCAAUUUCACAGAGACUCCCAUAUACACUAGUGACUGUUGUUUCUCCUGUGGCUUGGUGCAUGGUUUUAUGCUGCUCAAGUUAUAAUGCACUAAUGGCCUGGGCAGGGUGUUCUUCAUAUCGUUUGACAUCUUAAAUUGUUCUUAUUUUUACCCUCUGCCACUCACUCACACAUUUUGUCCUUCCUUAUUUUUUCUAUAGCAAAAUUCAUACUGUCACUCGGUUUUGCCUGUCUUAAUUUCAUCUUAUUCAUAUGGCGCUAUCUCUGUGUAUUUAAGCACACACAUUUGACAAGAUAAAUGCAAAGGUCCUGCAACAUUUUCCAAUGUUCACGCAAAAAGCCAAGAAUAAUCAAGGUUGCAGUAAUUUUAUUGUAUCCAUUAUGUCAAGAUCACAAGUAAAUGUUCUUGUUAUCUUGGGCUUGUUUUAAAGUGAUAACACAAUAAAUACACUUGAGUUUCUAUUAGUUACACCAAACAAAAAUUAAUACAAUCUAAUAUACAAGUCCUGCAAUAAAUCCAACUUUGAUGAGGUUAUAUAGUUCAGUGUGUAUUAAACAGGGAUAGGUUAGCCUAACCCUUUCUUAACUCGACAAAAAAUAUACCUGUUAAGAUUUUAAACAGGUAUAUUUACCUUUAAAAAUAAACUUUUCACAAGUUUACCUAGCCAAAAUGACAUUAUCUGGUGUUCACCUCUCAAAAGUAGAUAUGAGAAGAUGUUACCUUGGCAUCUGACAAAUUGUGAUGUCAAUAUUUGACACUAAAUUGUUAAUGGAUAGAUCAAUAGAUAGAACAAUAGAUAGAUCAAAAGUGAGCGGCAGAUUCGUCCUAUCUGAAAAAAAGCUAUUGGGAGAAAACAUCUCUUUAAGUACAGUAACUUGUGAUUUGAGACGAACAGGAAGAAAUUAUGGAAAUUAAUCAAUAAGUGUUCUCGGCUUCUGUAAACUGAACACGUUUAUAACUGUUGUUUCUAUGAACUAAUUCAAAGAGAAGCUUUGUUGUAGCCGAGGGUUCGAAAACUCUAGGAAACAACAGACUUUUGGUGUCACAUCUCAUUCUGUCUCCAUGUGUUACAAUCUGUGUAUCUUCCAAAAACAACAAUUCAUUGUACACAUUGGUAAAGAAACUCAAACUAUUUUGUUACAUGAUAUUAAAGGGAAGUCUUACUUUGCUUCCUACUUUUCUAAAUGUUGUUCAAGCUUAUUUAUUGACUUGUAUUUGCGCUGUGUGGAAGCAUGACAUAUCUUUAGGUGACACUGAUCUGCUAUAUGCUGGAUACUCUAUGCAUCUUCUUGUGAUAAAAUAUAUUGCUUGAAUACAACCUCUAUGCAUUUGUAAAUACUUCAUAAUUGCCUUGUUAGGUAAAUAUAAGGAGAACCAGAGAGCCUGUUGCACUGUUUGAUAGAACUUGACCUACUGUGAAUGAUUGCUCUAGAGUCUAGACUGAAGUGACUCUGAUCCUUUAACCUUUUUUGUUUUCAUUAUGUUUGUUUUGUACAGCAUUCAGAUGUUAAUUUUGACAAAUAUGCAUUCCAUUGUUGAAAACCAUUAAAAUAUAA